AUGGCCGACAAAGCUGAAAUUGCGGCGCUUGUUGAAGAAAAGUUCAAGUUCCCAAUUGGAGAUGGUUCCGCCGAUGCGUCAAGGCCUUCGUUCGAUAAAGCUGUGGAAGUGGAUGCCAACGAGACGUUACCCUUCGAGAAUUUUAUCAUGACUGGAACUAAUGCCAUUGCACCUAAUGUGACCACACCCCCUAUGAUCAAUACUUCCCAGAUUCCCGUGGCUGAACCAUCAAAUGAUGAAAGUGCAAAGCUAUUGGCCAAGCUUGAUCGGAGGCUUCGCGAGGUAGAGGGCUCGCACCACCCGCCUCCCAUUGACUUCUCCAUUUAUGCUAAGGUGCAAGUGCCGGAAAAGUUCAAAAUGCCAGAUUUUGAGAAGUAUGAGGGCACCUCCAACCCUAUCCAGCAUAUUCGGAUGUACCAAUCAUUGAUGUAUAAGUACAUAUCCAAUGGCCCCUUCAUGGUCCAAACUUUUCAAGCCGGUCUCAAGGAUGCAGCAAUGAGAUGGGAAGACCUUGAGCAAGCCGAGAUGAAAAAGGGAGAGAAUCUCAAGCAGUAUGCCACUAGAUGGAGGAAUAUCGCAUCUCAACUAAGGCCCGAGCCUCCCGAGCGUGAGCUAAUGAGGCUAUUUGUGUCUACUCUUCCCCAAGCUAUGAGAUCACGAUUGGUAGGAACCGCAGCCCAAUCUUUCGGUCAACUCGUUAUAAUGGGUGAAGAUAUUGAGAUUGCUAUGAAGAGGGGAUGGCUCGGUGAUAAUAGUUCAGCAAGCAAGCGUCCUCUAGUAAAGAAAGAACCGACAGCUGAGGUGAACAUGGUCUAUGCCCAAAAAGCUGUGGCUCAGAAUCCUGGAAAGCGGUUUGCCGCUCAACAGCAAGCCGGCUCUAGUCAACAAAAUCAGCGGACUUAUCAACGAAUUUCUAAGAGGCGGGCAGCAAAUCGUGUAUCGGGCCAUUAG